AUGAAAAAUAAAACCGAAUUAGUAUUGAGAACCAAUAACCACCUAAAUGAUAUAACAUAUGUUCAAAUGACAAAUGAUAAUUCCAAUAUAUUGAAUCCAUUAGUGAGUGGAGCAUGUGCAGGUAUAGCGACAGAUUUAGCCUUUUUCCCCAUUGACACGAUUAAAACUAGAUUACAAGCAAAAGGAGGAUUUUUCCAAAAUGGAGGUUAUAAAGGAAUAUACAGAGGAUUAGGUUCUUGUAUUAUAGCGUCAGCUCCAUCAGCUUCGUUAUUUUUCAUAACUUAUGAUAACUUAAAGACUCAAUUAGCACCAUAUGUUAAUUCACCUGUAUAUAGACAUAUUAUUGCUGCUUCAUUUGGAGAAAUUAUGGCAUGCACAGUUAGAGUUCCUGCUGAGGUCAUAAAACAAAGAACUCAAGCAAAAUUUGAAGGAAUAAACACUAGUUUGGGGAAUCUAAAAUAUAUUUUGAAUAAUAAACAUAUAUUGAAAAAUCUUUAUCGAGGUUGGAAUAGUACAAUAAUCAGGGAAAUUCCAUUCACAAUGAUUCAAUUCCCUCUUUAUGAAUGGUUAAAGUCACAUACUUGGAAAGUAAGUGCUUCUGAUACAAAAGGAGACAAAUAUGUAAUAUCAAGUGGUGUCAAAGGAGCAUUGAGUGGAAUGAUAGCGGGUGGAUUUGCAGCAGCUGUCACAACACCGUUGGAUGUUAUCAAGACUAGAAUUAUGUUAAGUUCAAAUAAAGUAGGUUUUUUUCCAUUACUCAGUCAAUUAAUCAAAGAGGAAGGUUGGAGAAGUCUAUUUAAAGGCAUUAUACCUAGAACUUGCUGGAUCAGUUUUAAUACCUAUUUCAGAAAUGAUGCAAUGAAUUUGAAGAUGAACAUAAAGUUAAAGUCAUCACAAAAGUUAAUUAUUUGUAUUUUCAUCAUGAGAUUAAUCAAUUCGGUAUCAAUUCAAACUUUUUUUCAGGCAGAUGAAUUUUAUCAAUCGUUAGAACCUGCUCAUUUCUUCAAAUAUGGAUAUGGAUACUUAACUUGGGAAUGGAAUUAUCAAUUACGAUCAUCUAUUCAUCCGUUGAUACAUGUUUUGGGCUAUAUUAUAGCUGGCGAAGAUCGAAAUCUUAUUCAAUUCAUACCAAAACUUAUCAAUGCUAUAAUUGCGACUACUUUUGAUUACUCGCUAUAUGGAUUUAUAUUAAAUUUUUCGAAAAGUAGAGAGUUAGCGUGGAUUGGAUUAGUCUUGUCAUUAAUAAACGCUUUUAAUUGGUUUGUGUUGACUAGAUCAUUUUCAAAUAAUCUUGAAGCUUGUUUUACAGCACUAGCUCUUAAAUAUUGGCCAUGGGAUAAAAAAAUUUCAGGAAAUUGGUAUAUUUGUUUAAGUUUCAUAGUUUUGAGCUGUAUUGUUCGUCCCACAAAUGCAAUAUUCUGGCUUCCAUUAGGAACAUGGCUUUUAUUCAACAUCAAAAUACAAAUGAACUGGAUAAAAAAUUCAAUUAUAGCAGUUGCUGCAAUUCUAACACUAAAUAUGGGUUUAGAUUACUACUUUUACAAAACAAUAACAUUUCCGUAUCUUAAUUUCAUUCAAUUCAAUUUCAUUAAAAAUUUAGCAUCGUUUUAUGGAGUUGCACCAUGGCACUUUUAUCUCCUGCAAGCGUUGCCAUUAAUGUUAUUGACUUCCAUUCCUUUAUUUAUUUUUGGGCUUGAGAAAAAUAUAUUGUUAGUUUCAUCGAUCUCAUACGUUUUUGGAUUUUCAUUGAUUAAACAUAAAGAAAUUAGAUUUUUGAUGCCGCUACAACCAAUCAUAUUAUAUUUCUCAGCCAGAGGGUACAUGAAAAUUAAUAGAAAUUACAUUAUGAUUACGGGAUUUUUCAUAAACAUGUUUGUUGCAAUCUUUUUGAGUAACGUCAAUGAGAGAGGUGCAAUUGAUAUCAUUAAUUUUUUGAAGAGGAAAGAUAACACAUCAAUUUUAUUCCUUACUCCAUGCCACUCUUUUCCAUGGCAAAGUGCAUUCCAUAAUAGGGCAUUAGACUUGAGAUUCUUGACUUGCGAACCUCCGCUACAACUAGACAAUCCAACUUCUGAAGAAUUAAGAGAAUAUAGAGAUCAAUCAGAUAAUUUUUACGACAACCCCGAAAAUUACAUGAGUGACCUUGUCCAAGAUUCUGAAAAUGCAGCUGAGUACAUAGUCGUAUUUCAAGGACUUGAGAGCUUAAUGGACGGACUAGAUCCAUUAUAUAAAAAGGAGAGACGUUUAGAUCCAAUUUCAUUAUCUAGCAGACCAACUCAUAUGUCACCUUCUGCUAUAUCGAUCACAACACUCGAAACGUCAACGGCAAACACUGAUGACGGGGCUAUUGAAACUGCAUUAAAACGACAGCGAGAAAAAAUAGUCGAUGAUGAAGGAUUGGAAGAGUAUGAUGAAAAAUUAUCAAAGAUUACAAAAAGACAAAAACUAUCUAUCGAUUGGUUUCCGCCAUCUGUCACAUCAAUAGAAGAUUAUUGUGAAUUCAAAUCAACGACUUAUUUUUCAGAAGUACCACAAGAGAUUCUAUUAAAUCCGAACAAACCAAUAGUUUUGGGUGUGGAUGAAGCUGGAAGGGGUCCAGUUUUAGGACCAAUGGUUUAUGGGAUAUCAUAUUCAUUAAUGGACUAUCAAGAACAAUUGAAAAGUUUUGGAUUUGCUGAUUCAAAGCAAUUGACCGAUAUUGUUAGAACCACAUUAUUCAAACAAAUAGAAGAUAAAGAGACUUUAUUAAACAGGAAUGUCGGAUGGGCUACUACAACAAUGACUGCAAAAGAUAUAUCACUGGGGAUGCUUAGGUCGGUAAAUGGCCCAGGGGCUUAUAAUUUGAACGAACAAGCACAUGACACUACAAUUCAAUUAAUCAGACAAACGCUAAGUCGAGGGGUAAAGGUUAGUCAUAUAUUUGUUGAUACAGUUGGGCCACCAAUUACUUAUCAAAACAAAUUGAAGCAACAUUUCCCUGGAAUUGAGAUUGUAGUGUGUAAAAAGGCAGAUAGUUUAUAUCCAAUUGUUUCUACAGCUUCAGUUGUUGCCAAAGUUUCAAGAGAUUUAAAUAUUCAUCAUCUUAAUAAAAACAUCGAAAUUUUAAAAAAUCAAAAUUUAGGAUCUGGUUAUCCAAGCGAUCCAAACACUAGUUUCUGGUUAAAUCAUAAUGUUGAUCAAAUUUUUGGUUGGUGUUUUGGAUUCAUUAGGUUUUCAUGGCAAACUGCAAAAGACAGUUUAAUGAAAAAUGGGGCAAUUGAAGUCACAUACCAAGAUGAUAUAAUGAAGAAUAAGAGUUAUGGAGAUAUAAAUAAAAUGUUUGAUAAUAAGAAUGCAAAUAGAAGUAAAAUAAAUAAAACAUAUUUCAAUAGUGAUAAUAUAGACUUAUUGUAG